AUGAAGAGUGAGCUUAAUAGAAAUUACUCAGAAGUGACUGAGUUUAUCUUGUUAGGAUUCAGAACCCCUCCAAAGCUUCAGAUCCUCUUAUUCUUAGUGUUUUUGCUGAUCUACACGGUCACUGUGGUGGGAAAUAUUACCAUGAUAAUUGUCAUUAAUGUGGAAUCCAAACUUCAGACACCCAUGUAUUUCUUCCUGAAAAACUUGUCCUAUUUAGAUCUCUGCUACUCCACAGUCAUUGCUCCUAAAACAUUAGCCAACUUCUUGUCUAAAGAAAAGAAAAUUUCUUAUAAUGGCUGUGCCGCUCAAUUUUUCUUCUUUGCUCUGUUUGUGACAACUGAAGGCUUUCUCCUAGCCGUAAUGGCAUAUGAUCGUUUAUCAGCAAUUUGCUUCCCUCUCCUUUACCCUGUGAAAAUGUCCCAUAAGGCAUGUGUGAGACUGGUGACAGGAUCUUAUAUCUGUGGUUCUAUGAACUCCAUGAUACAGACAGGUUUCACCUUCAGCUUGCGUUUCUGCCAAGAAAACAGAUUGGACCACUUUUUCUGUGACGUCCCAGCCCUCAUCAAGAUCUCUUGUGUUGACACAUUUGUGAAUGAGAUUGUCCUGUUUAUUAUCUCUGCUCUCAUCAUCAUCUGCACGACGACUAUUAUUCUGGUUUCUUAUGCUUAUAUCCUCUCCGCUGUUCUAAAGAUCCCCUCGACCCAUGGCAGAAGUAAGACUUUCUCCACGUGUGGCUCCCACAUAGCGGUGGUGAGUUUAUUCUACGGGACUGUGUUCUUCAUGUAUGCUCAACCUGGGGCCAUCGCCUCACCACAGCAAGACAAGAUUGUAGCUGUACUCUAUACCCUUGUAAUACCCAUGCUAAAUCCUCUAAUAUAUAGCCUGAGAAAUAGAGACGUAAAAGAUUCUGUGAAAAGGAUUUUAUGCAGACAAUGA